AUGGACGCAGAUACUUCCUAUCCCAGUCAGCUCCCCCCAGUUUCUGCUGUUGUGGGCGAGCAGCAUUCGCACCCAGCCGUCAAUGCCGACCAUACCAUCCCAUCGGGGCCUCUUGACCAAUCAUCGGUCUCGACGCUGAACGCAGCAUCCGUCAACUUGCAUGGCUCUCUAUCCUCUCGCUCUCAGACACCAAGUCGUCAACAACAAGCUGCAUUCCACCCCGUAGCUGCUCCUGUUCCGAGGACUGCAGCCAGUACGGCGCCGCAAACUCCACUCAUGGACGCCCAGCCCGGUCCGGCCUCUUCUCGCGCCAGGUCUCCUCAACAGGAUGAUGGGUACCAGUCUGAAAGGCCUCUGAACGUGACGGACGCUCUUGGUUAUCUCGACGCGGUCAAACAACGAUUUCACGAUCGACCCGACGUCUACAACCGGUUCUUGGAUAUAAUGAAAGACUUCAAGACCCAAAUAAUCGACACUCCGGGUGUUAUCGAGCGAGUUUCGCACCUGUUUUUCGCUCAUCCAGACCUUAUCCAUGGAUUCAACACAUUUCUGCCUGUCGGCUACCGCAUCGACGCUGGAAGCGGAGGUAGUAUCCUCGUCACAACGCCCUCUGGCGUCACCUCUCUCAACGCUGGCCAGCUUCCUCCAUCGACUGAAUUUCCUGGUGUCUCGCGACCUCGGAGUAGCCAGCAUGGGCAUCAUCCGACUGCUCUCAACGCCCCACCGCCGGCUCAGCCCGUUUACCAUCCUUCAGUGGCAGAUACGGCCAUGCACGGUCCUGCAGGCCUCGGACCCGGAGCUCCGAGUCAUAGUCCCUAUGCUCACCCAACUGCAGUAGUAGAUCCCAACACACGGGUGCUAGAACCACCCUCCGAUCCACAAUUCGAGUUUCAAAAAGCGAUUGCGUAUGUCAGCAAGAUCAAGACCCGCUUUAACAAUGAUCCCGAUACCUAUAAAGCCUUUCUCGAGCUCCUUCAGAAACAUCAAGAUGUCAAGAAUAUCGAGGUUCAGGAGCAGAUCAGCGUCCUUCUACAAGGAGCUCCGGAUUUGCAAGCAGAAUUUCGCGAGAGCUUUGUCGAUGGCCGAAGUGGGAGCUUCCUAGGGAGCGCUGCGAACAGUGCACUUGGUUCUAAUCCACAUGAUUGGAUGAAUCCCAACAAGCGCAAAGAUCCUUCCUCUGGCAUGGCAGUUCCUCCAGCCAAACGCAAGAAAAAGGUUCAAGAAAAGGAACCUUUGCCAUCGUCCAAGCCGCCGUCGAGUGUUCGCCCCAAGAAGCCAAAGCCCCAUCCCCGCAUCGAGCAAGCAGACGACUAUAUGUACGAUAAUGGCAAUGGAAUCACUGCGGUUGGUGGCGGCAGUGGGUACAUGGGUAUGGGCGCCAGUACCCCCGAGGAUCAGGUCUUUUUCGAAAAGGUCAAGAAGACGCUAGAUAACCGGGAGACGUACGACGAGUUCCUCAAGCUUCUCAAUCUCUUUACCCAGGAUAUCAUCGAUAUGAGGACCUUGAUUGAUAAAUCUGCGACGUUCCUUGGCGAAGGCUCGGAACUACAUCUUCAAUUGCGUCGCUUGCUCGGGUGGACCGAGCGCGAGAGACUUGUCAGGGAGCCCGACGACACGAAUACGAUUCCUGUGGCAAACCACGCCAUCUACGUGCCGCAUGAAAAGGACGACUUGCACCAUAAAUGUGGUCCUAGCUAUCGAAGGAUCCCGGCCAACGAAGCUCACGUGGCUUGCUCCGGACGAGAUGCGCUCUGCCGUUCGGUGCUCAAUGACGAGUGGGUGUCGCAUCCUACCUGGGCCUCUGAGGACAAUAGCGGCUAUCAAUCUCACAAGAAGAAUGUGUACGAGGAGGCGCUUCACAAAUGCGAAGAGGAGCGACACGAGUUUGAUUUCCAUCUCGAGAUUAUGACAAAGACCAUCUCGGCCCUCGAGAACAUUAACAUGAAGAUACAACAGAUGACCAACGAGGAGAAAUCAACGUUCAAGUUGAAGCCCGGUCUCGGUCUUCCAAACAAGAGCAUCUACCAACGCAUCAUCAAAAAGGUCUACGGGAAGGAUCCAGGGAUGGAAGUCAUUGCCACUCUUCACGACUGCCCUGCCAUUGCGGUCCCAAUCGUUCUGAAUCGAUUACGGGCAAAGGACGAUGACUGGAGACGAGCUCAGCGGGAAUGGAACAAGGUCUGGAGAGAAGUCGACGCCCGAAACUUUUACAAGUCGCUCGACCAUCAGGGGGUCACGUUCAAGGCCACGGACAAAAAGGCGUUGACGACCAAGUCUCUGGUCGCGGCCAUCGAAGCAGCACGAGAUGAACAGGUCUCGGAGCGGGCUGCCAUGAUGGACCCAAGUCUUGCACGGACACGGCCGGCCCAUCAGCUUGCAUACGAAUUGACCGACCUCGCCGUCAUGAAGGAUACGACAUCGCUUAUCCUGGCAUAUCUCGAACGACUUGGCGCGCAUUAUACUGCGGCUGAGCGUGACAAGAUUGAACGCUGGCUAGUCUCCUUUGUCGUUACCUUUUUCGUGCUCGACAAGGAAGACUUUGAGAAUGCGGUCAAGGGCGCAGCCACGAACGCUCCUACAUCGAGCGCGCUUGGAGUCACCAACAUGGUGCCGGCCGAGAAUGGAGCCCUCACGAUGGAUGUGGACCCCGACGAGACAGAGGCUGUCGCUAGCGGGCGGCGAACGCCCAAAACUAAAAAGGGCAAGUCACUCAAGAGUGGCAACGUCUCGAGGAUCCCGUCGGCGAAAGCCACGCCCAUUAUGCAAGCUGCCGAGUUGCCAAAGGAAGUGAAGGAGGACGGUCCGAUGCCCGUUGAUAGUGUUUGGAUCGGCACGCAGCCUGGCCAAACUGACACCGCCACUUCGAAUGUCCGCGGUGCGGCUGAUCCCAAAAAGGGUCCUGCGGCGAACCGAAAGGCCUCUUUCUUUGGUAAUACGAUCACAUAUGUGAUUCUUCGUAUCUUCCAGACAUUGUACUCUCGAUUGCUCCUUUGCAAGGAAAUCACCCAGCAACUCUCGACGACGACGGGCACUCAUACGGCGAACCCAAUUGCCAUCGAGCUCGGAUUGAUUGACGGAUUGGGCCCCGGAACGAUGAACUUGUUUGUGCCAAAUAAUGAAGCAGAGCUCAACCCGGACGGAACACCGUUCAAUCCGACGAGCCGGUUCUAUGCGCACUUACUUGAAUGCUGCGAGAGUCUCUUUGCGGGGGAUAUGGACCAGAACACGUUUGAAGAAAACUUGCGGUUUAUGUUUGGAACCAAGGGUUAUCUUAUGUUUACUGUUGACAAGGUCAUUGCAGCCCUUAUCAAACAGAUUCAUGCUGCGAUUAGCGAUCCGCAGACGGAAGAGCUGAUCAGCCUCUUGCGUACGGAAAGACGAGCAGAGGACCCGAGUACUCAGCAAAUUAUCACCUAUCGACGGAAUGCUGAAGAGAUUAUUGGGCAAGAUGAUAACCUCUUUAGGAUCAAUUGGGAUCACUCAAUUAUGACUAUCCAGCUGCUCGGGAAGACUGAUCCCAGCACGGACGAUGCUGAGACGAUCGCCCAACGGUGGCGACGCUACAUCGAAUCUUAUGUCCUCACUCAUCCUACAGAGGGCAUCAAGGAGGAUGUCAAGAAUCCAUUCCUUCGCAGGACGGUCAUGGAAGCACCGUUGACGGAGACUGGCUGUCAUGCGGACAAUGGUCUCGAGAUUCGAGUGUGCAUCCGCACGUACAAGCUCUUUUUCGGCCCCGAGACGGAGGACUACUUCUGGCGAUACGGGGAUGGCGCGCGCAAACAAGCAAUGGAGCGACUGGCGGAGAUUGACACAAAGCGUAAAGAACGUUUCGAGUCAUGGCUCGAGUCGCGGCGAGCAAAGAUUGACAAGAGCGAAAAGUCGGAUAAUGGGGUCAAGAAGACUGAGACGGCGGUGGAAAAGUAG